AUGGUAUCCCUGACAGAGGUCCAGUCAUCCAACGCCGAAAUCGCCAAUUCCCUCUCAGGUCUGGUCGCCAUCUUCGUAGGCGCAACCAAUGGCAUUGGCGAGGCCACAUUGAAGGAAUUCGCUCGAUCUACACGCUCGCCCCGCGUAUAUUUCAUCGGGCGCUCGGAGGAAGCUGCGGUCCGCAUCGAAGCGGAAUGCAGACAGUUGAAUCCGGGUGGAGAAUUCAUCUUCAUGAAAGUGGAUGUUAGUCUUAUUCGGAAUGUUGAUGAAGCCUGUCGAGAGAUUAAAAGGAAGGAGGGGAGUGUUGAUUUGUUGUUCCUCAGUUGUGGGACGACGAGAUCUGGCGAAGUGGAGGGUCUGCAUAUCAUGGCUGCAACGGCGUACUACGCCCGCAUCAGAUUCAUCGCCAAUCUCCUUCCUCUCCUUAGAAAGUCCAGGCUCCGUCGUGUCAUUAGUGUUCUGGCGGGUGGACACGAAGGAAAUAUCGACACUUCGGAUUUCCAGGGAAGGAACAUGUCUAUGUUUAAGCUGCGCGGACAUCUUGUUUCAAUGACUGAUAUGGCGCUGGAAACAAUUGCCGAACAAGCUCCAGAAAUCAGCUUCGUUAAUGAUUACCCCGGGACGGUGAAAACGGGGAUCGGUCGGGAUCCUAAUACACUUCUGUUGUGGUUUGUGAAUUUUGUUCUUUUGAUUAUUGGGCGUUGGGUGUAUAUUCCUAAUCGGGAGUCUGGGGAGAGACAUCUCUUCUUUGCGACCAGUGCGAAGUAUCCCCCCAGGGCUGGGGUGAGUACGGGGGUUUCGUUGGUGGGGGAUGUUGGUGUUGCAGAGGGCAUUAAUGGGGGAGUUGGGAGUGGUGUUUAUAGUAUUCAUUGGGAUGGGGAGCAUGCUGGUCCUAAGGUUGUCGGGUUGUUGGCUGGGCUUCGAGCGCAAGGGAUGGCUGAAAGGACAUGGCAGCAUACUGUUGCUGAGUUUAGGCGGAUUACUGGGUUGGAUGUUAUCUGA